AUGGCAUACCCUGUGGAUAUGCUGGACAAUUGCAGUCAUGAAGAACUGGAAAACUCUGCUGAAGAUUACAUGUCAGAUUUAAGGUGUGGGGACCCUGAAAAUCCAGAAUGUUUUUCUCUUCUCAAUAUUACGAUUCCUAUUAGCCUAUCCAAUGUAGGCUUUGUACCUCUUUAUGGUGGCGAUCAGACUCAGAAAAUUCUUGCUCUUUUUGCACCUGAGGAUUCACUGACAGCUGUGGCUCUGUACCUUGCUGAUCAGUGGUGGGCUAUUGAUGAUAUUGUGAAAACAUCUGCUCCUUCUAGAGAGGGGCUUAAGCAGGUGAGCACUCUUGGGGAGAGAGUGGUUCUGUAUGUUCUGAAUCGAAUUAUUUAUAGAAAACAGGAAAUGGAGAGAAAUGAGAUCCCAUUCCUAUGUCAUAGCAGUACUGAUUAUGCUAAGAUUCUGUGGAAGAAAGGAGAGGCCAUUGGGUUUUAUUCAGUUAAGCCUACAGGAAGCAUAUGUGCCUCAUUUCUUACCCAAAGUUACCAACUGCCAGUUCUUGAUACAAUGUUUCUAAGAAAGAAAUAUCGAGGUAAAGAUUUUGGGCUUCAGAUGCUGGAGGACUUUGUUGAUUCAUUUACAGAAGAUGCACUUGGCUUGCGGUAUCCACUGUCUUCUAUCAUGUACACAGCUUGCAAGCAGUACUUUGAAAAGUAUCCAGGAGACCAUGAACUCCUUUGGGAAGUAGAAGGUGUUGGACACUGGUACCAGAGGAUACCAGUCACCAGAGCAUUACAGCGAGAAACACUUAAAAUUCCAGCAGUUUCUCAAAAUGAACCUAAGAGACCUGUGUCUGGAGAAUAUGGACCUAUAUCAGUUGCAGAGUGUGAAGCAGGAACUGGAGACAAUCAGGCUAGUGAGAGUCCUCUAACUAUUGAUUCUCUAAAAGAUGCCUUUGCAAGUACUUCUGAAGGUCUUGAUAAAACUCCAGUAGUUUCCACUCGUACUCGUAGUAGUCAUCUAAAGCGGCCAAAGAUUGGAAAACGGUUUGUGGAUUCAGAAUUUAGUGGUUCUCAAGGUGAAGAUGAAAAGACUCCUCAGACUUCACCUACCGCUUCAAUCGACAAACUAGAGUCUACUGCACGCACAUCAGAGAGCUCAGAAGAAUUCUUAGAAGAAGAACCCGAACAGAGAGUGAUUGCAUUUGAGGAUGAAAGCAGUGAUAAAGAUCCACAGGCAGCAUCAGAGUCCCAGCCACACUUAGAAAAGCAAGAUGGCAAAAAGGAAUCUGAAUUAGAGCCUAUGAAUGGUGAGGUAAUGGAUGAUACUCUUAAGACCUCACUUAUAACUGAAGAGGAGGACUCCACUAGUGAAGUUUUAGAUGAAGAAUUAAAAUUGCAGUCUCUUAAUUCCAAUGAAGACUCUACAAAUCUUGUUCCACUGGUGGUAGAAUCUUCAAAACCCCCUGAGGCUGAUGUACCAGAUAAGACGCCACAUAUAACUGACUCAGAAAUGUUGGUAGAUGAAACCCCAUCUGAUGAAAAGGCACACCCUGAAGAGAAAUUGUCCCUCAUUUCAAGAAAGAAAGCCCAUCUUGGGAGUUCAGACAAUGUUGCUACUAUCUCAAAUGAAGAACGCUCUGAUGCUGGUUUUCCAAACUCUGUGAUAGCUGAGUUUGCUGAAGAACCAGUCUCUGAGAAUUUAUCACCCAACAUUACUUCUUCAUUGGAAGACCAGGGUGAGGAGGGGGUACCUGAGCCCCAGGAAACAUCUACUCCUCUUCCUCAGAGUUCUUUGAUAGAGGUUGAACUUGAAGAUGUGCCAUUUUCACAGAAUGCAGGGCAGAAGAACCAGUCAGAGGAGCAGUCUGAAGCAUCUUCUGAGCAACUGGAUCAAUUUACCCAGUUGGCAGAAAAAGUUGUGGAUAGCAGCUCAGAGGAAAUAGAAGUGGAAGUGCCUGUAGUAGACAGGCGGAAUUUAAGAAGAAAGGCCAAAGGACAUAAAGGACCUGGUAAGAAGAAAGCUAAGCUGACCUGAUUGAAGAAGAAAUGCAGAUUAUAAAUCCUCCUCUUUGUAACAUAUUGUUAUUUUUAAGAUAUGGUAAUUAAUAAACAGCAUGGGACACAGGACAAAAAUUUCCAAAAUUUCAAUUGAACUUAUUUACUAUGCAGUUUUUCUCUUCCCUUUAGGACCUAGUAUUCACCAUUCCUUUUAAUUUUUCAGGCUAUUUUUUGUAAAUGCAAUUUUUUAUUUUUAUUAACCAUGUUUCAAUUUUGCAAAACCAGAUCAUAUUAUAUUUUCUUUAGCAGGCAAGACAUCUGGCCAUUAGUAUUUCAAAACGUAUAAUUAAAAAACUAUGGAAGUAGUAAGCUUUCCAUUACAUGUAAGGAUCACAGAAAUCUUUUAUACUAAGGGUUUUAAUAGUAAAAUUUGGUGAGGGUUGUAGAUGUUUAAUCUUAAAUAUCAAAACUAAUCACCGUUUUUUAAAAUGUAGACAUGCCUAAACAAGAAUAAAUGUCAGUAAAUUAAAUAAAACUUCAAAUAAAUGAGAGCACAGCAACAGAAAGUCAUGGUCAGAGGUUUGUAUCUUGGUUUUGGUCUCUUAUUCGUAGUUGUAGUUGCAGUUUCCAUUGACUUCAAUGUCUGUGGAAAGGUACACACAAAAUCUGUUAAUGACUCUGUCAUCUGAUAUUAACAGUGCUGUUAGAGAUUUAACUGUGGUUUGUGGGCAAUAAU